AUGCACAAUCCUCGGCACAUUGAGUCAUUGCAAAGAAGGGGUACCCCCUUGAACACCAGGCCAGCAUCCCCCUAUACUUUAAAUCCACCAGUAGAAGCUGAUGGGUUCUCGUGGCCAAGUGUAGGUACUCGAAUUAGAGCUGAUGAAAAUGAAGAACAAGAGAGCAAACGUGUAGAUCGUAUCUCUGGUGCCGUUAAGACAAUUCUAGAGGAAUUGGGUGAAGAUGUAACUCGAGAAGGUUUGGCAGAUACACCACAGAGAUAUGCAAAGGCAAUGCUUUUCUUCACCAAAGGUUACCAAACAAAUAUCAUGGAUGAUGUCAUUAAAAAUGCUGUUUUUGAAGAGGAUCAUGACGAAAUGGUAAUUGUGCGUGAUAUUGAAAUUUAUUCAUUGUGUGAGCACCAUUUAGUGCCAUUUUUCGGUAAAGUGCAUAUUGGUUACAUUCCAAAUAAAAGAGUCCUCGGAUUGAGUAAAUUGGCAAGGUUAGCGGAAAUGUACUGUAGACGUUUGCAAGUACAAGAAAGAUUGACAAAGCAGAUUGCAAUGGCGUUGGGUGAUAUUUUGAAGCCGAUGGGGGUUGCUGUUGUUAUUGAAGCAACUCACAUGUGUAUGGUAUCGAGAGGAAUCCAAAAGAGUGGAUCUGCCACUGUCACCUCGUGUAUGUUGGGUUGCUUUAGAGCUCAUAGAACUAGAGAAGAGUUCUUGAGUCUUCUAAACAAAAGAACGAUAUGA